AUGUUACUAAGAACCUAUAGUGCACCAAUUCAAACUUCUUUCCUUCUUUCUCAUUCAAUGGAAUCUUCCCAUGAACCACAACUCAAUCACCACUACCAUCCUAAAACACUUGCAACAACCUCUUCAAAAACCAAGAACAAAAACUUCGCGUCACGUAGUAGCCUUGUUAAGAAUCCUCAUCAGAAUAUAGUGGAACAAGAAGAAGUUCUAUUUUCAAGCUAUAGUUUGAAUAAGCAAGUUUUGGAUCAUGAAGAGGGUGGCAAGAAAGUUGGAAAGUUGCAAACUUUAGUAAUGGGUGAUGGUGGAAUGGGAUGUGAUGAUGGUGGAAGGAUUUGUGGUGGUGGAAAUGGAAAUGGGUGGGAGAAUAAUUAUGGUAGAGAUGAAACUGAUGCUUAUUAUCAAAACAUGAUUGAAGCAAAUCCAAAUAAUUAUCUUUUACUUGGAAAUUAUGCUAAGUUUUUGAAAGAGGUUUGUGGAGAUUAUGGUAAAGCAGAGGAGUAUGUUGAAAGAGCCAUUUUGGCUAACCCUAGUUAUGGUGAUGCUUUAUCACUAUAUGCAAAUAUAAUAUGGCAAACAGAGAAGAAUGCUGAUAGAGCUGAAGCAUAUUUUGAUCAAGCUUUUAAAAGUGAUCCAAAUGAUUGCUAUGUGUUGGCUUCAUAUGCAAAAUUUCUAUGGGAUAGUGAAGAAAAUGAAGAUGAAGAUAAUGACUGGCAACAUAAAAAUCAUACAUAUUCACCUGAGAUGACUGCAGCCUCUAAAAUCUAA